CUCUUCAAAUUUUCUACUUAACACGACUCGGUCCAGGAUCCCGCUAGUUCGUCGCAACACUCCCAGCUUAGCUCAGAGAAUCCGCGGCCUGAUCCACAGCGAAAAUUAGCUCCGAGCUCAGUUUCGUCGCCUUCGCGCAUCCCUGAACCAUGUUUCUAGACAACUCGUCUAGAUUGUGGCGAUUCGUGUUCAUGUGCAACUAAAUGGUUCUUCAUGGAUGGCGCUAGUAUAAUUGGGGAAGUUCUUCGCUUUGGCGGUGCAGCAAUGACCUCCUGCAACCAGUCCAGGAGAGCGUGAAUAGUUUGGAAUGCUGCAGUAGACUUGCAUGUCGCAUGCACUAGCUGACUUGAAGUGUGAUUCGAAUAUCGCCAGCAGCUGAAAUGGCCGAGCGAGUGAAUACUGGGUCGUUGGACCUUCGGGGAGCUGUAUCUAGCACCGCUGGGGCGAGAAGUGGGUGCGGCAUUCAGGAAGAAUGCAGUACUGUCCACCAGGACACCGUUUCAUCUAGUUCCAUGAAGCAGUCAGCUGGAUUGGGCCACGGAUCUUCGUCAGCUUCCAGGAAUCGCAAAGGAUUCUCAGCAGAACAGAGAUGCUUGAAUUCCAUCAGCAAAUGCGACGGUUGCGAGCCGUCAGCAAGCCGUGGGAAGAAGGUGAAGAAUAAGGAGCAACCUCCAAAGCAAGGUUUCAUUCAUGUUCGCGCCAGGAGAGGCCAAGCCACAAACAGCCAUAGUCUCGCUGAAAGGGCGAGGAGGGAGAAAAUCAGUAACCGGAUGAAGUUCUUACAGGCCCUUGUGCCAGGUUGCAGCGAGGUCACCGGAAAGGCAGUCAUGUUGGAAGAAAUCAUCAACUACGUGAAAUCGCUGCAGCGUCAAAUUGAGUUCCUGUCGAUGAAGCUGGCAGCUGUGGAUCCCAGGCUAGAUACCAAUGUGGAGGGUUUGCUAAAAAUGGAGCUCCACCAAGUGAGGUCCCCUGAAUCAACUUUGAUGAGUCCAGACCCAAUAGUGGGAUAUCAAGGCUUGUGUCAACCACAUUUCCACAUCCAAAAAAUCCAACAGCAGACUAACCAUUGCAACAUGGAUUUGAGAUACGUGGGAACCUUGAGCAAUGCACACUUUAGACGAGGUUCAUGGAAUGAACCACCGACUCAUGCGCCUCCCACGUGCACUGACUAUGUAUUGGAUUCUCUCACGCAGACGUUCAGGGAGUCCGAUGGAAGUCUCCAAACCCUCGUACAAAUGGUGAAUCCUCAAAUCAUGCAAAAUUUACGUGGCCAAAGUCUUCACGGAGAGCCACUAUAACCGACAUUUUCUCAAACUGAGGUAUUGAUCGUUAUGGUUUACUUUUGAACUUUAGUACGAUUCCUCCUGUGAGAGAUGUUGUUGCGCCAAGAGUUCUGGAUGAUCAAUAUACUCUUUCAGGCUGAAUUACAGGACCUGGCGUUUUUCGAAACAUGCCGCUGGAAGGUGGAAUACUGAACAUAGUGGAAAGCUGGAGGCCGGGUAGAUACGACACUCCUAGUUGAACCAGUCGAGAUCUAGGUGGCAGUUAAAUAGCGUCGUGAUCGGGCUCUGCCGUUCAACUUUUUAGUGCAUAGUUACAGCACUGAGGUCGCCGUUGGGUUUAAUGAAUUGAAAUUACAUACGGUGCACAAGCUACAAGAGAGGAUGGCGCGUACAGCUUGAAGACCCGAGAGGUCACCAAAUCCUACAUCAAGAUCUUACUGACAGACAACAAUGCCAGGGGUUCCUUCCCAUCAACCUUGCUCCCCACCGCAUGAGGUGCCAGUGGAGGUGGAAAGUACCGAAAUCAGCUUUCGACAAGAACUGAUGUGCAGCAAGUUCCAGUCAUACAAAGGUCAAUACGUUUAGAUUAGACUAGUUUUGUGCACCUGACUCAGCUCACCAGAACCUGCAACUGGUAUCGGACCAGCCGAGUUCAACUUCGAGCUCUCACUUAGUCAUACGACUACAGAGUAUUAGCAAGGAAACAGCUCCAAAACAUGGCAGUCUUCGAUUAUUAGCGACCCCACUAUUGUAUGCACGAGGCGUAUGGGUUGUAUGCACGAGGCGUAUGGGUUGUAUGCACGAGAUGCUCUUUUCCAAGUCUAUUAAUGCGAGAUCUGCCAUUUGGAAACGCCAUAA